GAUAAUCUGUUCCCUUUUUUACUCCAGUCACAUGAAAGCAAAUAUUGAUCGGCCACUGAUAUAUAAGAAGGCAACAUGUUAAUGUCACGUGAACAUUAAUUCGAGUUUCAACUUCUCAAGAUUUUAGGGUCAAUAGUUGACAUCUGAAUAUUUUAGUGCUCAGCUCAUCUAGUGAGUAUUGAUAUGUCUAGUAUCAACCAAUGGCUAACAAAAGCUUAAUAUUUAAUAUAAAAACAAUUUAAAGAAAAAUGGUUAUACUUUUCUAUUAGUAGUAAAGAAUAUCAUAUUAUAGUCAACCAACUGGAUUUGGAUUACAAGUCAACCACUUUUGAACUACAAAUACGUCCACAAAGGCUCCUCGUUUCUUCUUCACACAAAUCUCUAUUUCUAAAGUUAAGUUAACUCUAAAACGUUAAAAUGGCAAUCCAAAACGCGAUUCUAAAACACGCUCUUAUUCAUUUCCUCUUUAUUUUAGCAAUUUUGGCCGAGAAUGCGUUCACACAAAAUUGCAUGGAUACUAGUUGUCCUGGCCUAAAGCAAUGUUGCAGCAGAUGGGGUUCCCGUGGCACCGGAGAAGAUUACUGCGGAUUUUUUUGUUUCAGUGGACCUUGCAAUAUCAAAGGUAAAUAUUACGGCUAUGACUAUAACGUGGAAGCAGGACCGGGUGGUAAAAUAGAGAGUAUCAUCACACCAGCGUUGUUCGACAGCAUCAUGAGCAAAGUUGAAAGCAACUGCUCUGCAAAAGGAUUCUACAAUUAUAAAGCUUUCAUUACCGCUUUCAAAUCAUUUGGAGCUUACAAAGGAAAAGUGGCUAAACGCGAGAUCGCCGCCAUAUUUGCUCAUUUCUCAUAUGGAUCUAAAGGCUUUUGUUACAAAGAAGAAAUAUCUCCCGAGAAGUACUGUUCAAAGAGCAAGAAAUACCCUUGUGAACCAGGGAAAUACUACUAUGGUCGCGGUUUGCUCCAAUCAAUCACGUGGAACGAGUAUUAUGGUGCGGCUUGCAAGCACUUAGGGCUACCUCUACUGAAGGAUCCAGAUCUGGUGGCUCGUAGCCCAGAAGUGGCUUUCAAAUUCGCCAUGUGGUUUUGGAAUAGGAACGUGCGUCCGGCUUUGUACUUAGGAUUUGGUGAAAUCACAAAGAGGGUCGAUGGCCGAGAAUGCAGUAACUGGCGUCGCGACGGUCCGAAUAGCAAGGUCAAACAAUACAUAGAGUUCUGCAAGAUGCUUGGGGUCACUCCUGAUCAAGGUCUCGAUUGUUUUUAGUCACUAAUAUGCUAUCACUACCAUUUAAAAAAAAAAUAUAUAUAUAUAGUUGACAAAAAAGCAAAAAAUAAUAUAUAUAUAUAUAUAUAUACUACUUGUAAUAAUUCGAACCUAUCUACCUCAAGGAAUCUAUGAAUUUUAUAAACAAUCAAAAUGACAAACUUUAAUAAAUGUUUCUUUUUUCAUUUAGAAUACAAGAAAUCAGUUCAGUUAAGAAAUAUAUAGUAAAGCUCUUUUCAGUUCGUAAAAAGUUGUUAUGUAGAGAAAAAAAUCUUGAUAAUAUUAUAAAAUAAUGACUAAAACGAAAUAUUAAGGUACUAUAAAAUUGUAUCCAAGGCGAAGAUUUAUUGUUUAGUGGUAAAUGGUGUUUAUGUUCUCGAUAAGUUACCACAUGGGUUCAUCAAAUUUGGUAUAAUGGUAAUGACUGAAUAAUAAUAGAAAAAGAAGAAGCCUGCGACAUGGGGAGAACAUGAAGGAUGAAAAGCAAGAAAAUGAGUAAAAGAAGGUGAUUCAAAAACCUUUAUUUAUGAUAUCCCAGUCACCCACCAAGUCACCAACCCACAUCCAAUAUAUAGUAAUCAUUCAAGCACAGAAUGAGGUUGAAAGAGAGACUUUAAGUUUUAGUUCGAAAUUUUACCCCAAAAUGGGUUGAGAGAUCCGGUUACUAAAAUAUUUGCUUUAAUAAUCAAGCUGAAUCAAUCACACUAAACUUUCUUGCUAGUUUUUAAUCUAGAUGCCGAGAUGUAGUUUAUGUUUUUACUGAUGUUUUAUUUAAUUAAUCUUUAUAGAUGAUGGCGACAUCCAGCUCUUCAUAAU